GUUUUUUGUUUAGGUUAACUAUAGUUUACACCCAAGAGCUUGUUUGACCCUGGUAUCUUAAGUACAGAAGCAAAGAAAGGGUUGUUAUUUUGAAUGUGAAGAAGUAAACUUUCAACCAUUUGCUUGGAAGCCUGUUCUGUUGGGAAUGGCAAGAAAUCUACCCACAGCUUUCUUCAUCUAGGUUUGGCUCAGCACUCAGAAGUGAAAAACUCUCUUCUCAAUGGAAGAUGAUUGUGAACCUGAGCAUAGCUCCUGGGCUCAUUUACCUGAUGUCUGUUUGAGGCACAUCUUCCACUGGUUAGAUGACAGAGACAGAUCUCGGGCUGCCUUGGUGUGUAAGAAAUGGAGUUGGGCCAUGUACUCAGGAUCCCUCUGGAGAAGAAGAAUCAUCACAUUCUAUGGCCGACAGUCAAGAGCACGGACACUGGAGUUUCAAAGUGCGCUGUGGUAUGUCAAGAAAUUUGGCAAGUAUUUGGAGCACCUCGAGAUCAAAUUAUCAAAUCCUUACAAUAGUGCCUUUACCCGGAAAUUUCAAGUGACUAUGAGAGGUCUUCUUUCACAUCUGGGUAAGUGUAACAGUCGCCUAGUGUCCCUGAGCAUCAAGUACCUGGAAUUAGACUGCUUGAGCUGGAAAAAUACGGUCAGGGCUCAGUUUAUCAAGAACUUAGCUACCUUCCUGAAAAGAAUGAGCAAACAGCUUGAUUAUCUCAACUUAAAAGGAGCAAGAGUAACUGUGGAAGAAGGCUGUGAUCUUCUAAAUUCUCUGAGCUGCGUGACAAAUAAAAGCUUUGUCUCUGAAAUCAAUAUUGAGGAUUACUUCAGUCUCCACCUUCCUGUCUACAGCAGCACCUUGUUCCACCAGACUAUGUCCAAGUUCCACAGCCUGGUCAUCCUGACUUUUAAUUAUAACUGCAUCUCUGAUGAGCUGCUGGACAUCCUUCAAGAGCACAGCGCACAUUCCCUGUGCACCUUGAAUAUCAAAUGUCAUAUCCGUGACCCACAUGGACAAGUAGUCUUGGGAAUGUCGUGGGCAAACCUGGCUAAGAGAGCCCCAAAACUGAAAGUGAACUUCUUCUUUGAAAGAGUGAUGAAGAACGAUCACCUAGCCAAGAUCCUGCUAGUGGAGAUCCCAGUAAGGAGCAUCAGUCUACGGAGCUGCUAUUUCAGUAACCCAGACUGGACAAUGAGACCUACCCUCACCAACCUCCUUCCAGCCUAUUGGUGUGUUCUGCAGAAAUUGACACUGGAAUUAAACAAUGUGCAUGAGCUGCUGGAUGAUGAGCUGCUGCAGCUCAUCUUAACAUCCAAGAGGCUGUUAUUCCUGAAAGUCUGGGCAUUUCUAAGUGUCACCUUUAUCGAGAGGCUGCUACAAAACCGUGCGGAAAGGAAAUGCAUUUUGACUACCAUAAAGCAUUAUCGUCUGCGAACCACUCACAGCAAUGGGGCUUUCCAGUGUACUUUACCAUGUACAGAAUACCAUAGAAGUUUAAUUAACAAGCCCCCAAAAUUUCACAAGGCCUUCCUAGACUGAGGCUCCCUCUAUUGCUACUAGUUCAAGCUAGGGAUUCUCAAUCACCCUGGUCCAGUGUUUAUGCCUAUUCUUACAUCAAGGCAGGUGGGUUGAGUCCCACUAAACUGCAAAAAGAUCUAAACACAUCUCACAUCAACAAUGCUGUGUUGAGCUAGAGCCAGACCACAACUGUAGCUGGUGUAAACCAUGCUGUCAUGCUACUUCGUGUGCUAGAUUCUGAAUUCUGUAGAUCCUCACAGACCAGUGCAGAUCCCAGGGAUGCUUCAGUUCCAGGGGUAAAAGGAACCUUGCUUUUCCCAAAAUGUCUUUGGCAGAUGAUGUUUGCAGUCAGUUUGGAGUGAAAACAGAGUAAAACCUCAAGAUUUAAGUCAAACCCAAGGAAUCUGGCAUCUCUAGAUUCUUCAUUAGUCACAAAGGCUUCUUGUCAUGAGCUUUAAUGAGCUUAGCCUGCUCCAUAUACCUGAGACAUGAUUGUCA